AUGGCCAACGCCUUCGGCAAGAUAAUCGCCAACGUGGCGCGACUGCACCGGCUGAUGGACGAAGAGGGGGUCUCGGCCAUCGUCGCUCGUUCGGGCAAGAACUUCACCUACCUGGCGGGGUUCGCGUAUCCCGGCACGCUGGCGCGGCACCUGGAGUUCCCCGACUCGCCGCGGGAGGUGCUGCUGGUGUGGCCGCGGACGGGCGAGCCGGUGAUGGUGCUGAACUCCUACGCGGCGCCGCUGGCACGGCGGGACUCGUGGCUGGAACGCAUUGAGGUGGUGGACGACUACGCGGAGUCGCCCUACGAGAGGGCGGCCGAGGUGCUGCGGCAACUGGGGCUGGCGGAGGAGACCAUCGGGUUCGAGAAGGGCUACGUCAGCGCGAACCGGUGGGAGGAGAUCGGCCGGGCGCUGCCCCGGGCGCGCAUCGUGGACAGCACCGACCUGAUGGACCGGGUGCGCUGGAUCAAGACGCCCGAGGAGGUCGCGGCGCUGGAAGCCGGCGCGCGGCUGCUGGACGAGGCGUACCUGGAGGUGCUGCCCACGGUCCGGCCCGGCGACACGGAACGGCUGGUGCACAGCCGCAUCGUCGAGAGCUGCCUGCGGCGGGGCGCAAACUGGGUCCACGGCAUCCUGAACUCCAGCCGUAACACGGUGGGUUACGGCGGCGAGAGCGACCUGGCCUUCGAGGCCGGCGACAUCAUCCGCAACGACUAUGUCGCGUACCUGAACGGCUAUCCUGGCCACCAGUCGCGGACCGUGUGCGUGGGCGCGCCGUCAGACGAGCAGAAGCGGGUCUACCAGGUGGUGCUGGACAUCUACCGAGGCACCAUCGACCGGUGCCGGCCCGGGGCGCGGACGGCGGACAUCUACCACUACGCCAACGACAGCUUCCACGAGGCGGGGUUCGACGGCAACGUGGCGCUGGCGGGGCACGGGGUGGGCGCGUGGUGGCACCAGCAGGAGCCGUACAUGGUGCCGUCCAGCGAGCGGGUCCUGGAGGAGGGCAUGGUGGUGGCGCUGGAGCCGCACAUCGGCCCCUGCUGGCACCUGCAGGACAUGGUGUUGGUCACCGACGACGCGCCCAGGCUGCUGUCGCCGCUGAUGGGGACGGACGAGAUGGUGGUGGCGGGGUAG